CUCGUAGUGGAAAAAAGAAAACCGCGACAGGGAAUGUGUCUGGGUGCUUCGGAGCUUAGUUUGGGGUAUAGCAGCAGGAGCUUGAGAGAAAGUGAGGAAGCAGGGGAAGUUGCAGAAGCAAAAUCUGAGGGACAGAGACAUGAGAGAGAGAGGGGAAGACGAAAGUGCGUGGGGUCAAAUUCAAACAAGUAUUUAACAGAGGCAGAAUAAGGCGUUUGAUAGGCCGUGGAAUCUCAAAGAAUCACGCUCAAAGUUUAUGGGUGUUUAGGGUUUCUCCACCCCCUACUUCCAACCCCAAAAUCCUUAACUUUUGCGUGCUUCGUACGGUCUAUCACUCUCCCAACUUUCUGCAACUUAUUCUCCUUCUCUCUCUCGCUCUCUCUGCGUCUCUCUCUCCAUUCCUUCAUUCCCCAGCUUCCGCUCCAUCUGCGUCAACCAUUCACUGCCGAGCAUUUUUCUAUCUUUAUUGAGUUUUCUAUCUUUUUGUAGAGAUUUUGUCUUCAAUUCGAUUUUCUUUUAUGCCUUUUACUUUUUUUAUUCAAGUUCCAGAAAUUGAAAUUUCUUAGUUCUUGUUCGCUUCUAAUUUAUCUGUUAUACUAGUCUGCUAUGGAGGAUGAGACUAGGGUUCCGGGAAGUUUUAGCAGCGAGCCAACAUGUUCACUGGGGGUUUCUUCUUUCUGGCUUGAUGCCUGUGAGGAUAUCUCCUGCGACAUCAUCAAUGAUUUUGUGGAUUUCCACGCGUCUAUUGCCCCCGGAUCCUCAGCUGAACACACUUCCGAUCAACAGAACCUGGCCAACGAUUUUUUUGGUGGAAUUGAUCACAUUCUUGACAGUAUCAAGAACGGGGGAAGCCUCUCUCCGGUAACUUGUAAUGGCGAUCGUGAUUGCACCGUGGGGGAAGGCUUUUUCAUUGAGAAUGAGGCAUCUGGGGUUCGUGGUAUGCCGGUUGAUAGCUCAACUGUGCAGUCCAAUGGUGUACAGAUAGAAAUUCUUCAAUGUAAUGGGCUGAGCAAGGAUAAUCUUGAUAAUGGUCGUCAUAUCUGCGAGCGCUAUGAAUCUGAUGAUGGGUUCCAGCAACCAAAUCGAUAUGAAGGGCUCAGAGUUGUUGAAAUCCCUAGGAGAAAUGGAAUUCAAAAACAUGAGGGGAGUAAUGAUGUGCCGUUGAGAGAUUGGGGUUGUGAUAAUGAGGAGAGAAGCAAUAAGAGACCUCGUAUUAGCAAUGGCAACAAUGAGAGGCAUUAUGCAAACAGGGGACAGUGUCCAUCUAGGGAUAGAGAAAAGUUUCACACUAGGAAGAGGUUGCGUGACCGAGACGAGAUAGGUAGAAGGGAAAAAGGUUAUUUUAGGAGGAGAGAGCAUUAUUGUACAAGUGGAAGGGAUUCAAGAGAUAGGGAUUUGGGGGAGCGGGAACAAAAAGGUUAUUGGGAGAGGGACAAAUCAGGGUCAAAUGACAUGGUUUUUCACUCAGGGAUGUGGGAAGCGGAUCGUAACAGAGAAACAAUGACUGAUAAUGACAAAAACCUGGAAUUCCAGGGAACUGCGGAGAAAAGUUCCGAGGAGAUUAAAGAAAAAAAUCCUGAGGAACAAGCUCGUCAGUAUCAGUUGGAUGUUCUUGAACAAGCUAAGAAGAAAAAUACUAUUGCUUUUCUCGAAACUGGUGCUGGGAAGACACUUAUUGCUGUUCUUCUCAUUAAAAGUAUUUAUAAUGAUUUACAAACUCGAAACAAGAAGAUGCUUGCUGUAUUUUUAGUUCCCAAAGUUCCACUUGUCUAUCAGCAAGCUGAGGUUAUACGUGAGAGAACUGGCUAUCAAGUAGGUCAUUACUGUGGUGAAAUGGGUCAAGAUUUUUGGGAUGCUAGAAGGUGGCAGCGUGAAUUUGAAACCAAACAGGUUCUGGUUAUGACGGCACAGAUACUGUUGAACAUUUUGAGGCACAGCAUAAUAAAAAUGGAAGCAAUCAAUCUGCUGAUUUUGGAUGAGUGCCAUCAUGCUGUUAAGAAGCACCCCUAUUCCCUAGUUAUGUCUGAGUUUUAUCAUACCACACCAAAGGAGAAGAGACCAUCUGUAUUUGGAAUGACUGCUUCGCCUGUUAAUUUAAAGGGUGUUUCGAACCAAAUAGACUGUGCAAUUAAGAUCCGUAACCUUGAAAGUAAAUUAGAUUCCACAGUCUGCACAAUAAAAGACCGCAAGGAGUUGGAAAAACAUGUUCCAAUGCCAUCGGAAGUUGUUGUGGAGUAUGACAAAGCUGCCACUUUGUGGUCCCUUCAUGAACAGAUAAAGCAAAUGGAAGUGGAAGUUGAGGAAGCUGCAAAAUCAAGUUCUAGGAGGAGUAAAUGGCAACUUAUGGGAGCUAGGGAUGCUGGUGCUAGGGAAGAGCUGCGCCAAGUUUAUGGUGUUUCUGAGAGAACAGAAAGUGAUGGUGCUGCUAAUCUAAUACAGAAGUUGAGAGCGAUCAAUUAUGCACUUGGGGAGCUGGGUCAGUGGUGUGCUUACAAGGUUGCACAGUCCUUUUUGACAGCUUUACAGAAUGAUGAGAGGGCUAAUUAUCAACUGGACGUCAAGUUUCAGGAAUCCUAUUUGAACAAAGUUGUCGCUCUCUUACAAUGCCAGCUAUCAGAAGGAGCUGUUUCUGACAAAGAUGGUAAAGCUUCAAUUUAUGAGGAAGAUGUCGCUAAUAACAGAUCAAAUCAUGAUGAGAUCGAGGAGGGGGAACUUCUUGACAGCCACGUUGUCUCCGGUGGGGAGCAUGUAGAUGAGAUAAUAGGAGCUGCUGUGGCUGAUGGAAAAGUGACUCCGAAGGUGCAAUCACUCGUUAAAAUCCUGCUCAAGUAUCAACACACUGAAGAUUUUCGUGCCAUAAUCUUUGUUGAGAGGGUUGUGUCUGCCUUAGUUCUUCCAAAGGUCUUUGCAGAGCUUCCGUCUCUAAGUUUUAUAAAAAGUGCAAGCUUGAUUGGUCACAACAAUAGUCAAGAUAUGCGGACAUGUCAAAUGCAGGACACUAUAUCCAAAUUCCGGGAUGGUCGUGUGACACUAUUAGUUGCUACUAGUGUUGCUGAAGAAGGACUUGAUAUUCGACAAUGUAAUGUUGUGAUGCGCUUCGACCUUGCAAAAACAGUCUUGGCAUAUAUUCAAUCUAGAGGUCGUGCCAGAAAGCCGGGUUCAGAUUAUAUUUUGAUGGUCGAGAGGGGAAAUUUGUCUCAUGCAGCAUUUUUAAGGAAUGCUAGAAAUAGCGAGGAGACCCUGCGUAAAGAAGCAGUGGAGAGAACUGACCUUAGUCAUCUUGAGGAUACUUCAAGGUUGAUUUCCAUGGACACAGCACCAGGUACUGUGUAUCAAGUUGAGUCAACUGGUGCUGUCGUUAGCUUAAAUUCUGCUGUUGGUCUUGUCCAUUUCUACUGCUCGCAGCUGCCUAGUGACAGGUAUUCCAUUCUUCGACCUGAGUUUGUGAUGGUGAGGCACGAUAGACCAGGUGGUCCAACUGAGUACUCUUGCAAGCUUCAACUUCCUUGUAAUGCACCAUUUGAGGAUCUGGAAGGUCCAAUUUGCAGCUCAAUGCGCCUCGCACAACAGGCUGUUUGUUUGGCUGCUUGCAAAAAGCUCCAUGAAAUGGGAGCAUUUACUGACAUGCUCUUGCCAGACAAAGGAAGCGGAGAGGAGAAGGAAAAGGUUGAACAGAAUGAUGAUGGAGAUCCACUUCCUGGUACUGCUAGGCACAGAGAGUUUUAUCCUGAAGGUGUAGCUAAUAUUCUCCAGGGAGAAUGGAUAUUAACUGGGAGAGAUACUUUCAAUGAUUCCAAAUUGCUCCAUCUUUAUAUGUACACUGUUCAGUGUGUCAACCUUGGCUCUUCUAAAGAUCCGUUCUUGACUCAAGUUUCCAAUUUUGCAGUACUUUUUGGCAAUGAGCUGGAUGCAGAGGUGUUAUCGAUGUCGAUGGAUCUUUUUAUUGCUCGAACUAUCACUACCAAGGCAUCUCUUGUCUUCAGGGGUUUAUGUCAUAUUACUGAAAGCCAGUUGGUAUCUCUCAAGAGCUUUCAUGUAAGAUUAAUGAGCAUUGUGCUGGACGUGGAUGUGGAACCUACUACCACUCCUUGGGAUCCUGCAAAGGCUUAUUUAUUCGUCCCUGUUGUUGGUGAUAAGUCUGAAGAUCCAGUGAAAGAAAUUGAUUGGGAUAUGGUUAAAAGAAUAAUUCAGACGGAUGUCUGGACCAAUCCCCUUCAGCGUGCUCGGCCAGAUGUCUAUCUUGGCACAAAUGAGCGAGCAUUAGGUGGGGACAGAAGGGAAUAUGGAUUUGGAAAACUGCGUCAUGGUAUGGCUUUCGGACAGAAAUCUCAUCCUACCUAUGGUAUAAGAGGAGCAGUGGCACAGUUUGAUGUUGUGAAGGCAUCUGGUCUGGUACCUGACCGUGGGGCUGUUGAAUUGCAAAGGCACCCAGAUCUACCCAAAGGCAAACUUUUGAUGGCUGAUACUUCUAUGGCUGCAGAAGAUUUGGUAGGGAGGAUUGUAACGGCUGCUCACUCAGGGAAAAGGUUUUACGUGGAUUCGAUACGUUAUGAUAUGACUGCAGAGAAUUCCUUUCCGAGGAAGGAAGGGUAUCUUGGUCCCCUGGAAUACAGCUCAUAUGCUGAUUAUUACAAGCAAAAGUAUGGAGUUGAAUUAGUAUAUAAGCAUCAGCCUUUAAUAAGAGGACGUGGUGUCUCGUAUUGCAAGAAUCUCCUGUCCCCUCGGUUCGAACAUGCGGAAAGUCACGAAGAUGAAUCUGAAGAAACUCUGGACAAAACAUACUACGUUUAUCUCCCCCCUGAGCUGUGUCUGGUACAUCCACUGCCUGGAUCACUCGUUCGUGGUGCACAGAGAUUACCAUCUAUCAUGAGAAGAGUUGAAAGCAUGCUGCUUGCUAUUCAGUUAAAACAUAUGAUAAACUACCCUGUUCCUUCCUCUAAGAUCUUGGAAGCUUUAACUGCUGCCUCAUGCCAGGAGACGUUCUGCUAUGAAAGAGCAGAACUGCUGGGAGAUGCUUAUCUGAAAUGGGUGGUUAGUCGAUUCCUUUUUCUUAAAUACCCUAGAAAACAUGAGGGCCAGCUUACUAGAAUGAGGCAACAAAUGGUCAGUAACAUGGUCUUGUAUCAAUAUGCAUUGAGCAAAAAACUUCAAUCUUAUAUACAAGCCGAUCGUUUUGCUCCAUCUCGAUGGGCUGCUCCUGGUGUGCUUCCCGUCUAUGAUGAGGAUACGAAGGAUGGGGAAUCAUCCUUCUUUGAUCAGGACAAAUCAAGUUCUGAUGGUAUUAGCGAGAUGGAUCACCAUCUUGAUGUUUUUGAAGAUGGUGAGGUGGAGGACAGAGAGGUGGAAAGUGACUCUAGUUCUUACAGAGUCCUUUCUAGCAAAACUCUUGCAGAUGUUGUGGAAGCGCUCAUUGGAGUUUAUUAUGUUGAAGGGGGAAAGACUGCUGCAAAUCACCUUAUGAGAUGGAUAGGGAUUAAGGUCGAGUUUGAUGCUGAUGAGGUUGAGUGUGGAACAAAACGAUCAAACCUUCCAGAGAGCAUACUUCGAAGUGUUGAUUUUGAUGCAUUGGAGGGUGCCCUGAACAUCAAGUUUGAAGAUCGUGGUUUGCUGGUAGAGGCUAUCACUCAUGCUUCCCGACCAUCUUGUGGCGUUUCAUGUUAUCAGCGGUUGGAAUUUGUUGGUGAUGCAGUCUUAGAUCAUCUGAUUACUAGGCACUUGUUCUUUACAUACACAGAUCUACCCCCAGGCCGCUUAACUGACUUGCGAGCAGCUGCUGUAAACAAUGAAAAUUUUGCACGAGUUGCUGUUAAACACAAUCUCCAUAUUCAUCUUAGGCAUGGCUCAAGCGCUCUUGAAAAGCAGAUUAGGGACUUCGUGAAGGAAGUUCAAGAUGAAGUACUGAAACCUGGUUUCAACUCCUUUGGCUUGGGAGACUGUAAAGCUCCAAAAGUUCUUGGUGAUAUUGUUGAAUCCAUUGCUGGUGCUAUUUUUCUUGAUAGUGGACGUGACACUGCUGUUGUCUGGAGGGUAUUUCAACCACUGUUGCAUCCAAUGGUUACUCCUGAGACACUUCCAAUGCAUCCGGUUCGUGAGCUGCAAGAGCGAUGCCAACAACAGGCAGAAGGUCUGGAGUACAAAGCAACUCGCAAUGGCAAUUUAGCUACAGUUGAAGUUUUCAUUGAUGGGGUCCAGAUUGGAGUUGCUCAGAAUCCUCAGAAGAAGAUGGCACAGAAACUAGCUGCGAGGAAUGCACUUGCUGUUUUAAAGGAGAAGGAAAUGGAUGAAGCCAAGGAAAAAAUUGAAGACAAUGGGAAAAAGAAGAAGAAUGGCAAUCAAACAUUCACUAGACAGACCUUGAAUGAUAUCUGUCUACGUAGAAAUUGGCCCAUGCCUUUCUAUAGGUGUGUGAAUGAGGGUGGCCCUGCACAUGCAAAGAGGUUUACCUUUGCCGUGCGGGUGAAUACUACAGACAAGGGAUGGACCGAUGAAUGCGUGGGAGAGCCUAUGCCUAGUGUCAAAAAGGCCAAGGACUCUGCUGCAGUUCUGUUGCUGGAGCUACUGAAUAAAUUGUACUCAUGAUUCCACCGGUGCCAAUGUGGACAUAAAUUGUGUAAAAAUGUGUAGAAAUUUUAACCUCUUGGAUUGAUUUUGGAGGGCCAACUGAAUGACAACACAUCUCAUUAUAUUCGUGGUUUGUAAUAUUUUAUGGUGAAAUUUUCAAUCAGCACCACUGAAAAGCCGAGUUAAGCUCGCCUAUUAUCCGAUUUAUACAACCAUGCUACAUUGAAUGUGAGUUUCAUUUGUUCUUA